AUGUAAAGGCCUAUGAGUUUACUUGAGUACGCUCUAUCUGAAUCUAACUUGAGUAUGAAUAUUAAAAAAAGGAAUUUAACUAUUGAAACUUAAUCUAUAUAGACAAGUCCCAAUUUAUUUUAAAAUAAUCAAGCAGAUUUGGAACUAUUGGUGGAUAUGCAUUCUUAAAAUAAAUAAUGGGUCUCCAUGGAAUUGUUUCGAUUGAUAAUUCAAAAAAUAGAAGAAAAAUUAAGUGAAAUAGACGAAAGAUUAGACAAUAGAGAAGGAUUUCAAAAUAUAACAUAAAAGUAUAGUGUAUAAAAGAAGAUGUCUAAGAGUUAUUAACAAGGAGAUUUUAGCUAAAUGGAUUAGAGUCAAGAUGAAUUGGAAUCAAAAUUGUAAAUUAGUUAAGCAAAAAAACUCAAUAUCUCUUAGCUUAAGAAAUCAGAAAUUAGGGAAAUAAGAAAUGAAGAACCAUUGAUAGGAAGAUAAAACUUAUUGGAAAAGAAACUAGUCUCAAUGGAGGAGAAACAAACCAAAAUUUAAAAAGAAAUGAGCAAUUUCACUUUGGAAAUAGAAUCUAAAAUUUAAUAAUGCAUAAAGUAAAUUGAUUGGAGUUUGGAAAAAUUCAAUAAGUUUUCUUCAGAAUUGUUAGAUAAGGUCAAAGAUGUUACUGAUAAUCACACAGAGAUAUUUUAGCAUUUGUAAAAAAAUAAGGAAGACAUAAAUUAUGUCAGAAUAAGUGCGGAGCAUUUUAAUUAAAAUACUUUGACCCAACUUGAAUAAAUAUCAGCUUCUAUUGUGAACCUAAAUAAUUUUGUAGAAAAACACGAUAAUGAAUUGAGUUUCUACAAGGAUAUAAUUUAAAUAACAGAAAGUGAUAUUCUGAAAAUUAUCUAAUUCGAAAAGGACAUACUAAAGAUUGUAUAUAAACGCUAAGAAUAAAAUGAAAAAUAAGGAAAAUGA